CCUGGCUCGACUGAUCGACGUCCGGCCAGACCACGGGCAGCAGCCACGGACCCAGCCAGGACAGGACAGACGAGCACCAUGGAACCAGGAUUGGGGGACACUCCCAGGCAGAGAACGGAGGAGGAGGAAGAGAAUGACGAGGGCCUGAUCGAGCUCUUCGACUCUUUCCGUGACCUGUUCCACUUCUUCUGCAACAACACCACCAUCCACGGGAUGGUGCGGCUCGUCUGCUCCAGCCACAACCGGCUCAAGACGGCCUUCUGGAGCCUGCUCUUCCUAGCCACCGUAGGCAUGCUCUACUGGCAGUUCGGACUGCUCUUCGACCAGUACUGGCGCUACCCGGUCAUCAUGACGAUGUCCGUCCACUCGGAGCCCAAGAUGUUCCCUGCCAUCACCCUGUGCGACAUGAACCCGCACAGGCCCCCUCUCGUCGGCCAGCACCUGGCCGACCUGGACCAGUUUAUGCAGGAGAACAUUUGGGAGCUUUAUCAGUUCAACCUUUCCAAGGCCCCCGCCAGGCCCCCGAGGGAGAUCCAGGUCCCACUGGCAAGCGGCCUCCGCAACUUCAGCCUGAACCGCGACAUCCGCCUGGAGAAGUUGAGAUCCAGGGUGGGCAGCCACGGUGACUCCCGAGUGGGCUUCAAGCUGUGCAACAGUUCCAGCAGCGACUGCUUCUACCGAGAGCACUCGUCAGCGGUGGAUGCCAUUCAGGACUGGUACCGCUUCCACCUGGUCAACAUCAUGGCCCUGCUGCCGCCCGGCGCCACAGAGGAGGAAUCCCACAGCGUCCACAGCAAGAACUUCAUCUACUCCUGUCACUACAAUGGCGAGCCCUGCCAGGAGACGAACUACGAAACGUUCCACCACCCCAUGUACGGCAGCUGCUAUACCUUCAACAGCCAUGGGACCGACAGCUUCUGGAAGGCAAACCGUUCAGGGGUUCCCUAUGGCAUCAGUCUCAUCCUCAAGGCCGAACAGAAUAAGCACCUCCCGCUGCUGUCCACCGAGGCCGGGAUCAAGGUCAUGAUUCACGGGAAGAACCAGACGCCCUUCUUGGAGCACGAGGGCUUCAGCAUCAGGCCGGGCAUCGAGACCACCAUUGGCAUCCGGGAGGAUGAAGUCCACCGACUGGGGGGAAAUUACGGUCGCUGCACGGAGGACGGGACUGACGUGGACGUCCAACUCCUGUACAACAGUUCCUACACCAUGCAGGCCUGUCUACACUCCUGCUUCCAGCAACUGUUGAUCGAGAAAUGCCACUGCGGCUGCUACUUCUAUCCAUUGCCUCGCGGGGCUGAGUACUGCGACUACAACCAGCACCCUGGCUGGGGUCACUGUUUCUACAGCCUGUACAAGAAUCUGGAAACCCACCGCCUCUCCUGCUUCUCCCGGUGCCCCAAGCCCUGCUGGCAGUCCUUGCACAAACUGUCCGCAGGCACAGCUAAGUGGCCAUCCACAGAAUCUGAGGACUGGAUCCUGGCUGCCAUUGGCCAAAAGAAAAAACAAUCGCUGAGUCAGAGGAGCAAGGUCGCCAAAGUUAACAUCUUCUACCAGCAGCUCAACUACCGCCUAGUGGGGGAGAGGCCAGUGUAUUCGGUGAACGAGCUGCUGUCCACCAUGGGCACCCACUGGAGCCUGUGGUUCGGCUCGUCAGUGCUGUCAGUGGUCGAGAUGCUGGAACUUCUGCUCGACUCGGCCAUCCUGGCCCUGUUCCUCGCCUACCGCCGCCUCUGUGGCCGCAAGAAGCUGAGGGUGCGAUCCGCCCUGGAAGCCGGGCCCCGGACCCCGGAAGACCCAGAGGGUCCUGGCACGGUCCGGGCGGUCGCCAUCAAGACCAGUGGGGCGUGGGGGCUCUGGGGAUCCCACCCCACCACCGGCCGUCGCUGGAGCACCUGCCCGAACCCCUGGUUGAAUGACUAGGGCCGGCCUGGGCCUGCCCCGUAGAUUGGAGGAGGCCGUGAGCGAGGAGCAGCGGGCGUGGAGGGCCGCCACCCAGCUCCACCCUGCUG